CGACUGCCACCACUCGGAGCCCUGAUACCCAGACUCCAAGCCAGAUGACUUUCGGCGAGGUCAGGGAUUCGGUCCGGGAGCUCACCCAGGCAGAUGGGACCGACACGGGAAGGGGCACACCACAACUCUCACCGGCAAGAACCCUCACCCCCAGCCCGCCCAACAGCCGCCCGACAUCGAGUUCGAGAGGACGAAAGACAGUCUCAUACCGCUCCAUCGGACCGGACGAGCAGUCUCAUCGACCGUCCUCGGCGCCUGUGCACAAUCGCCACAGCUUGAUUCCAAGCCGCACCUCGAUUGUGCCCGAGCCCCGAUCGUCGUUCACCAAGCAAGAGCUGCGUGAGAUGGGCAUCGAGUCCCUGCCACCGCCCUGCCCAGACAUCUCCAGAGCAAAGGAGCUCAAGACUCGCCCAAACACCUGCAUCCCGAGCCACCAUUCUCGCGCCGUGAAGGAAGUUUCGCCCAGGAAGAUCAUUCCGGUCAGGAACAUGGACUCGCUGGAGGUCUCGUCAGGGCAGUACUACGAUCCCAUAAGCGUAUUCCUGCGGCCUGGUGCAGCACCGUAUGAUCGAGGGGACCACUUGCGUCCAUCACCCGCUCGCCAACGACCUACAACUACGCCCACGCAGCGACAGCCUCGCUUCAAGAUCCUGAGCAAGCAGGAGGUGCGGCUCUGGGCGCUCAAGUCCUCGGUGUGGGCUAAUCCGACCCACGGCUCGUACUGAGCCUGUGGAAUGAUCUGCUCGGCAUAUGAUGGACAUGGCUCUGGCUUCCUGGUGCCGCACCACGGGCUGAAAUGUAUUGGUGUACUCUCCCUCGUGAGCAUAUUCCCAUGAACAUCUUCCCAUGAGCACGUUCCC